AUGGAAGGCCCACACCACGGGUUCGGCACCGACCAGUCAGUGUGGAAGCACCUCGUCCCUCACCUCCUCGACGAGUACCGCGUCGUCCUCUACGACAACAUGGGGGCUGGGACCACGAACCCCGAUUACUUCGACUUCGAGAGGUACUCCACGCUCGAGGGCUAUGCCCUUGAUCUUCUUUCGAUUCUUGAGGAGCUCAGGAUUGAGAGUUGUAUCUACGUCGGCCACUCUGUCUCGGCGGCGGUUGGGGCCCUGGCGUCGAUCUCCAGGCCGGAUUUGUUUCGGAAGAUCGUCAUGCUUGGUGGGUCGCCGAGUAUCCUUUGCCAAGUUUCAUGCUUCGUUCUGCCCUUUGCCAAUCCUUCUCAUGCUGCUUUAUACUUGAAUGAUGAAAACUACUUUGGGGGCUUCGAACGUGAAGAUCUAGAACAACUCUUUGAGGCCAUGCGAUCCAACUACAAGGCAUGGGCCUCUGGAUUUGCACCAUUAUGCAUUGGAGGAGACAUGGAAUCUGUAGCAGUUCAAGAAUUCAGUCGUACUCUCUUCAACAUCCGACCAGACAUCGCCCUAAGCGUGCUACAAACGAUUUUCUCCAGUGAUUUAAGAACAAUCCUAGGACUCGUCACUGUCCCUUGCCACAUCCUCCAAAGCACCAAAGACCUCGCGGUGCCAGUCGUGGUGUCUGAGUAUUGGCAUAAGAAUCUUGGAGGUGAGUCCAUUGUUGAGGUUAUGCCUUCGAAUGGACAUUUACCGCAGCUGAGUUCUCCUGAUACUGUGAUCCCUGUGCUUCUCAGGCACAUACUAUAUGAUAUCGAGGUUUAAUUUACAAGCCUUGAUUUCAGUGAAUGGGUACAUUUGACAUGGUCACCUAAAUUAGAUGGUCAUGGUCAUGUAAGUUGGAUGGUGUAUGUAAUUAGCUAGUGUGCUUCGUCAAAUUUCUAUGACUACGUAGAUCUGUUGUAUUGGUCUAAUAAGGUUUAGCAGCAAUGUAUGUAUAUUAAAGUUACUGGAAGUCCCUUGUGCAAUAUAUCUUCGCUACCUUUCUUUUA